GAGUUGUCAUACUACAAAUCAGGAGUGGAAAAAGCUUUACUUUUAUCUCUUUCCCUAACAUUGACCAUAGACUUCAUAAUGAUAUUAACGGGACGUGGGCAGACCUGUUAAGUUUCACGAUUUGGUCGGGAGACUCCCGAUUUUGACCCCAAUGCUCACGCCUCACGAUUAGAAAGCCAAAUCUCCCGAUUUUCCAAAAAUGUCAAUUUUUUUUUUUUUUUUUUUUACGUUUUUGUUUGUCACCGUUUUGUAACGAUACCAUUCGGCCCGAUUCGGAAAGUGACCAACAACGAAUAGCCUGGCCGUCUCCGACUUCCCUGCCCUCCCUCCCCUUCAGAGCUGGAAAAGCCCAACCAAACAUCUGACAGGGAGGGAAGAGGCGAAGCACCACCGACUUCCCAAGAUGCUGGCACUAAUAAACCGGCUUUUAGACUGGUUCAAGUCUUUAUUUUGGAAGGAAGAGAUGGAGCUGACCCUGGUCGGCCUCCAGUAUUCGGGAAAAACGACGUUCGUCAACGUAAUUGCCUCUGACGAAACCCUAAUUGGAGUGAUGGUUGAUGAGAUGAAGAGGCUGCUGAGGAAGCUGAUGUCCAAAUUUGUGCAAAUGGAUGUGAUCAGGAAAGCUGAGGAUAUCCUAGAUGUUGAUUACAGGAACAAGGAGAACUGGCAUGACACAGGCAACAUAGCAGUAUCACAUGAUGCCAGACAAUACAUGGAGCAAGUUGAAGACUAUCUCUGAUGCCACCAAAAAGAGGUUCUUUGACAGUGUAGUUAAUUUUUACACAAGUGUUGUGACCAAAAUGAACUUGAAAAAAAUGGUUGCAUAUUGUCUUAGCGAUUGUCGCGCGCGCGCGCGUCAUCGGGGUUGGCAAACAGAAAUCUCCCUAUUUGCAAUUUCUACAACUUAACAGGUAUGCGUGGG